AUGACCCAGACAAUUCCAUGUGACAAUCCAAGUAAUGAUUGUUGUCAUCCUGUGCCUCCAACAUUUAAUGUUGACGCAGCUUUUAUAGCAUCUAAUAGUUUGGAUGUUAAUAUUGAGGAUGAUGAGGAGCCCUAUGGCACAGCUAGAGCUGUUGAUUCCGAUGAUGACCGGCCAGUUGCACCUUUAAGUGAACAAGAAAUGGAGCUUAUCAGACGUUUUUGUCCUGAUCGUGAUCCACUAGUUCACGAGUUUAGUGACCUCAGUCAUUCUCAAAAUGCUUAUGCAGAGGGAAGAGAUGAUGAGCUGCUGGAGGCUCCUGAGCCUGGUGAGAGUGUGCAAAUUCAGAAGGGCAUGAUCUUUAAUGAUUUGCCCAGCUUAAGAAGGUGGUUGCAACAAUAUUCUGUAAUACGUAAAAGACCCUUCAAGGUGAUGCACUCUCAUGUUGAGCGCCGCUACACGGUUGUGUGUGAGAUGUCAGAUUGCAACUGGAGGGUCUGUGCUCGUAAACAGAAGGCCACCGGGAAGUUUAAGAUCACAAAAAUUGUAGGUCCACACACUUGUGCCCAGACUGACCUUCAACAGAAGCAUCGACAGUUGACCUCUACACUUAUUGCUAGUACGUUAUGCACAACUUUAAAGGGUCAGCCCAACUUGAAGGUCAGAACAAUUAUGGACAUGGCUCAGAAGAUAUUUAAAUAUGACAUAAAGUAUGGCAAAGCAUGGAGGGCAAAGCAAAGGGCCUGGAAGAUGAUAUAUGGGGACUGGGAGGAGGGGUACGAGCAGCUGCCAGCAAUGUUCAAUGCAAUGAAAGCAGCUAAUCCAGGCAUGCAUUACGAGUACAUUCCGAAGCCUAAUGAAUGGAGGAAUGGGAGGCAGAUAUUCUUUCGUGCAUUCUGGUGUUUUCCACAGUGUGUCCAGGCCUUUAGGCACUGCCGUCCAGUGUUAUCAAUUGAUGGUACUUUUCUGCUUGGCAAGUACAUGGGCACUCUUUUGGUAGCCAUUUCCUGUGACGCUGACAACGCAUUGGUUCCUUUGGCUUUUGCUUUGGUGGAGAGAGAGAACAAAGACAGCUGGGGUUGGUUCAUGCGCCUAGUUCGUAUACAUGUCAUUGGCCCACAUAGGGAGGUUGGUGUCAUAUCUGAUAGGCACCAGGGCAUACUCAGUGCCGUACAGGAGCAGAUUCCUGGUUAUGCACCUUUGCACCAUCGUUGGUGUACUAGACACCUUGCAGAGAAUUUACUUCGGAAAGAUGGUACGAAGGACAACUUUCCUCUAUUCGAGGAGGUUGCUCGAAUGCUUGAGGUGCCGUUUUUUGAGGAGAAGUUGGAGCAGUUAAAAACCGCAACAAAUGCAGAAGGUAGGCAGUGGCUGCUAGGUUUGAUGAGGGAACCUGAGAAAUGGACAAGAGCCCAUGAUAAUGGUGGAUGGAGGUACGAGUUUCAGACUAGCAACAUGGCAGAGUCAUUUAACAGUGUGCUCAAGGAGUAA